CUCCAUUCACACGCAGGGAGCUGUCGGACAGAGAGAGAGAAAGAGAAAGAGAAAUAGAGAGAGAGAGAGAGAGAGAGAGAGCGAGAGCACCUCCACUCCGUGACCAGAGUGGAAAUGUCCCCAAGUUUUGGAAUUUAAAACCAUGGCGAGGAUAUCGAGCCUCAGGAUCACAUGAAUCUGGCUCCCACCUUGCGCCUCUCUGGAUGUUGUUCCUGAUUACUGCUUGCAACUCUGAGAACAGGACAGCGUAUCAAUAGGAGUUUUGUUUCCCCUUUCCCUUAUCCUUGUCUCUCUCCCUCAAACUGUCCUCCCUUAGUCCUUGACAGUGAAGUAGAAAAGAAAGAAAAUCCUGACUUGGGACUUGGUACCAGAGUUUGUACUCCUCCUCCUCCUCCUCUUCCUCCUCCUCUCUUUCUCCUUCCCCAUCCCCCUAAGCAUUGCCUCUAGACAGCCCAGAUAUGUGUCCCCUUGCUCGGUCAGUGGCUUCCCCUGGCCCGGGGAACUUGUUUCUCCUUUUGGGGCUUUUACUUACCAUGAGCUCAUCCUUCUCUGGAGGCCAACCCCCGCCCUUCAAACGAUUUGCCCCUGCUGAGUGGGGGCUCACACAUCUGGCCAUACACAACAAAACUGGAGAGGUCUAUGUGGGAGCUGUCAACUGGAUUUUCAAGCUGUCUAGCAACCUGACCAAACUCCGCAGCCACAUGACUGGCCCAGUGGUGGACAAUGAGAAGUGCUACCCUCCGCCCAGUGUCCAGUCAUGCCCUCAUGACUUGGCCCAGACCCCCAAUGUGAAUAAACUUCUUCUCAUAGACUACGCACAGAACCGCCUCAUUGCCUGUGGCAGCACCUCACAGGGCAUCUGCCAGUUCCUACGUCUGGAUGACCUCUUUAAACUUGGUGAGCCCCACCACCGCAAGGAGCAUUACCUCUCCAGUGUGGCAGAGUCGGGUACCAUGUCUGGGGUGAUCAUAAGCUCCCCCAACAGUCCUACCAGCAAGCUGUUUAUUGGAACCCCCAUUGAUGGCAAGUCUGAAUACUUUCCAACCCUGUCCAGCCGCAAGCUAAUGGAGAAUGAAGAAAAUGCUGACAUGUUCAGCUUUGUCUAUCAGGAUGAGUUUGUCUCCUCUCAGCUGAAGAUACCCUCGGACACUCUGUCCAAGUUCCCUGCUUUCGACAUCUAUUAUGUGUACAGCUUCAGCAGUGAGCAGUUUGUCUAUUAUCUAACGAUGCAGCUGGACACCCAACUGACUUCCCCGGAUGCCAGCGGAGAGCAGUUCUUCACUUCCAAAAUCGUCCGCCUCUGCGUGGACGACCCAAAAUUUUAUUCUUACGUUGAGUUUCCCAUUGGCUGCACUAAAGAUGGGGUAGAAUACCGCCUGGUACAGGAUGCCUUCUUGGCUCGGCCAGGCCGGCAGCUCGCCAACUCUCUGGGGAUCUCUGAGAAUGAAGACAUCCUCUUCACAGUCUUUUCUCAGGGUCAGAAAAAUCGGGCCAAACCACCCAAAGAGUCAGCAUUGUGCCUGUUCACCCUGAGGAGGAUAAAGGAGAAGAUCAAAGAGAGGAUUCAGUCCUGCUACAAGGGAGAUGGGAAACUCUCCUUACCCUGGCUACUCAACAAGGAGCUUGCCUGCAUCAACUCGCCGCUGCAGAUAGAUGAUAACUUCUGUGGCCAGGACUUCAACCAGCCUCUGGGGGGAACCAGCACCAUUGAGGGCACCCCCCUCUUCAUUGACAAAGACGAUGGGAUGACCUCAGUGGCUGCGUACGACUAUCGCGGCAACACUGUGGCUUUUGUCGGCACACGCAAUGGCAAACUAAAGAAGAUCCUGGUGAAUUCUGUGAGUCCAAACCGACCAGCAGUGCUGUAUGAGAAGGUGACCGUAAGUGAGGGAGGAAGUCCCUUACUGAGAGACAUGCUGUUCAGCCCGGACCAGCAGUACAUCUACACAUUGACUGAUAGACAGGUGGGGAGAGUUCCAGUGGAGAGCUGCGAGCAGUACACCACUUGUGGGGAGUGUUUGGGCUCCAGAGACCCUCACUGUGGAUGGUGUGUCCUCCACAAUGUUUGUUCACGUAAGGACCGUUGUGAACGAGCAGGAGAGCCCCAGAGGUUUGCCUCUGACCAGAGGCAGUGUGUGGAGCUCACUGUUCAGCCAAGAAACAUCUCUGUCACCAUGUCUGAAGUCCAGCUGGUCCUCCAGGCUCAUAACGUGCCCGAUCUGUCAGCAGGGGUCAACUGCUCCUUCGAGGACUACGUGGAGACGGAGGGACGAAUCCAGGGUGGACACAUCUUCUGCCUCUCUCCCUCCGUCCGGGAUGUCAUCCCAAUCACAAGGAACAAAGGUGACAAGCGGGUGGUGAAGCUUUAUCUGAAAUCCAAGGAGACAGGCAAGAAGUUUGCCAGUGUGGACUUUGUCUUCUACAAUUGCAGCGUCCACCAAUCCUGCCUUUCCUGUGUGAAUGGCUCCUUCCCAUGCCACUGGUGCAAGUAUCGCCACAUGUGCACCCAGAAUGCCAAUGACUGCUCUUUCCAGGAGGGACGUGUCAACAUCUCUGAGGACUGUCCCCAGAUCCUUCCCUCAACCCAGAUCUACAUCCCCGUUGGAGUGACCAAGCCAAUCACCUUAGCAGCCAAGAACCUGCCCCAGCCCCAGUCAGGACAGAGGAAUUACGAGUGCGUCUUCCACAUCCAGGGGGAGACUCACAGUGUCCCUGCCCUGCGUUUCAACAGCACCUCCAUCCAGUGCCAGAAAACAGCGUAUACCUAUGAGGGAAAUGACAUCAGUGACCUGCCAGUGGACCUCUCUGUGGUUUGGAAUGGAAACUUUGUCAUUGACAACCCGUACAACAUCAAAGCCCACCUGUAUAAGUGCUAUGCACUAAGGGACAGCUGUGGGAUGUGUCUAAAGGCAAACCCCAGGUUUGAGUGCGGCUGGUGCGUACAGGAGAAGAAGUGCUCCCUAAGGCAGGAGUGUACUCCUCCAGAGAGCACUUGGAUGCACGCAACCACAGGAAACAGCCGCUGUGCGCACCCCAAGAUCACCAAGUUAUAUCCAGAGACAGGGCCCAGACAGGGCGGGACCAUGCUGACCAUCACAGGCGAGAACCUGGGUCUGCAGUUCAAAGACAUCCAGAAUGGAGUCCGAAUCGGCAAGGUGACCUGCAACCCUCAGGAGGACCAAUACAUCAGCGCCGAGCAGAUUGUGUGUCGGCUUAAUGAUGCAACGGGUUACAGGGUACAGGAGGCUCAAGUGGAGGUGUGUGUGAGGGACUGCAUUCACCCUGACUACAAAGCAGUCUCAACCAAAGCCUUCACCUUUGUGUCUCCGUACUUUAACUCUGUCCAUCCUUCAACUGGCCCGCUGUCUGGAGGGACGAGGAUCACCAUUGAAGGCAGUAAUCUCAAUGCAGGCAGUGCCGUAUCUGUGAAGAUAGGACUUCACCCCUGCCGCUUCGAAAGGCGGAGUGGCAAUGAGAUAGUAUGUGUGACCCCGGCAGGACAAGCCCCAGGAACCACCCCAGUCAUGGUGGACAUUAACUCUGCUGAGCUGAGGAACCCAGAUGUCAAGUUCAACUACACAGACGAUCCUACCAUCCUCAAGAUUGAGCCUGACUGGAGUAUCGCCAGUGGCGGAACCAUGUUGACAAUUACUGGGACCAAUCUGGCGACCAUCAAGGAGCCUAAAAUGAGAGCCAAGUAUGGAUCUGCCAAGUCAGAAAAUAACUGUACGGUUGUGAACAACACCGUGAUGGUGUGUCUGGCGCCCUCUGUGGCUGGGUCUGACAAAGGCUUCUCAGAGGCUGGCAGCAGUCCUGAUGAGAUCGGCUUUGUCAUGGAUGACGUGCGCUCUGUAAUGGUGGUAAACGAGACUUUCAGCUACCACCCGGACCCUGUGUUCGAACCUCUGAGCCCCACAGGCAUGCUGGAGCUGAAGCCUAGCUCACCGCUCAUACUCAAGGGCCGAAACCUAAUUCCUGCAGCCCCAGGAAACGCUAAGCUGAACUACACGGUGCUGAUUGGGGAGACACCCUGCAUUCUCACCCUGUCUGAGAGCCAGCUGCUGUGUGAAUGGCCUAACCUAACCGGAGAACACAAAGUCACCGUGCGUGUUGGAGGCUUUGAAUAUUCACCAGGGACCUUGCAGAUCUACUCAGACAGCCUGCUCACCCUGCCUGCCAUCAUCGGUAUCGGAGGAGGUGGUGGCCUGCUCCUGCUGGUUAUAAUUGUGGUGCUGAUUGCUUAUAAGAGGAAGUCACGGGAUGCCGACCGCACCCUCAAGCGUCUUCAACUGCAGAUGGACAACCUGGAGUCCAGGGUGGCUCUUGAGUGCAAAGAAGCCUUUGCAGAACUGCAGACGGACAUCCAUGAACUCACCCAGGAGCUGGAUGGGGCAGGAAUCCCUUUUCUGGACUACCGCACCUAUGCCAUGAGGGUCCUCUUUCCUGGGAUUGAGGACCAUCCUGUGCUCAAGGAGAUGGAGGUACGGGUCCCUGCUAACGUGGAGAAGGCCCUGACGUUGUUCGGCCAGCUGCUGACCAAAAAGCACUUCCUGCUAACCUUCAUUCGCACCCUAGAGGCACAGCGGUCCUUUUCCAUGCGAGACCGAGGCAAUGUGGCCUCCCUCAUCAUGACAGCGCUGCAGGGAGAGAUGGAGUACGCCACGGGUGUCCUCAAACAGCUCCUGUCUGACCUCAUCGACAAAAACCUUGAGAGCAAGAACCACCCCAAGCUCUUACUCAGGAGGACGGAGUCAGUUGCUGAGAAGAUGCUCACCAACUGGUUCACCUUCUUGCUUUACAAGUUCCUCAAGGAGUGUGCCGGUGAGCCUCUCUUCAUGCUGUACUGUGCUAUGAAGCAGCAAAUGGAAAAAGGACCAAUAGACGCGAUCACAGGAGAGGCCCGCUACUCCCUCAGCGAGGACAAACUCAUCAGACAGCAGAUUGACUACAAGACUUUGACGCUGCACUGUGUUAACCCAGAGAAUGAAAAUGCUCCGGAGGUGACAGUGAAGAGUCUGAACUGUGACACAGUGACGCAGGUGAAAGAGAAGCUGCUGGAUGCUGUGUACAAGGGAACGCCAUACUCCCAGAGACCAAAGGCCUCAGAUAUGGACCUGGAAUGGCGACAGGGCAGGAUGGCUCGCAUCAUCCUUCAGGACGAGGAUGUCACCACUAAGAUCGACAAUGACUGGAAGAGACUCAACACACUGGCUCACUACCAGGUGACAGAUGGCUCAGUGAUUGCCCUGGUGCCUAAACAGAACUCAGCCUACAACAUCUCCAACUCCUCCACGUUCACCAAGUCCCUCAGCAGAUAUGGUACGAGAGAAGAGAGCAUGCUGAGAACAGCCAGCAGUCCAGACAGCUUGCGCUCCCGAACUCCCAUGAUCACUCCCGACCUCGAGAGCGGCACCAAAUUGUGGCACCUGGUCAAGAACCAUGACCACUCGGAUCAGAGGGAAGGGGACAGAGGGAGCAAGAUGGUCUCUGAGAUCUACCUGACCAGACUGCUGGCCACCAAGGGUACGCUCCAGAAGUUUGUGGAUGACCUGUUUGAGACCAUCUUCAGCACAGCACACAGAGGCAGUGCCCUGCCUCUCGCCAUCAAAUACAUGUUUGACUUCUUGGAUGAGCAGGCAGACAAGCACUCCAUAUCAGACUCUGAUGUACGGCACACUUGGAAGAGCAACUGUCUUCCAUUGCGGUUCUGGGUGAAUGUGAUCAAGAACCCGCAGUUUGUCUUUGACAUCCACAAGAACAGCAUUACAGAUGCCUGCUUGUCUGUGGUGGCUCAGACCUUCAUGGACUCGUGUUCAACAUCUGAGCAUAAACUUGGGAAGGACUCGCCUUCGAACAAGCUGCUCUACGCUAAAGACAUCCCCAACUAUAAGAACUGGGUAGAAAGGUACUAUUCUGACAUCUCGAGGAUGCCAGCCAUCAGCGACCAGGACAUGAGUGCCUACCUGGCGGAGCAGUCACGCCUGCACGCCAACCAGUUCAACAGCAUGUCGGCCCUACAUGAGAUCUACUCCUACAUCGUCAAGUACAAGGAUGAGAUCUUGUCGGCUUUGGAGCGGGAUGAGCAAGCGAGGAGACAGAGACUGAGGAGCAAGCUGGAGCAGGUCAUCGACACAAUGGCCCUGAACAGCUGAGGCCCAUCCAGCGCCUCCGUCUACUCCUUCUCUUCACUCCUUGUCUCCGUCUGUCUCUCUCCCUCGCUCCUCUCACCCAGAAAACAAACAAAACUCCAACCCCCAACAGUACAACAGACGAACUGCAAAAGGACUGAAGCAGUAUACUGCAAACGGAGGGGGUUCGGCAGAGAUGGGCGGGCCUGUGUACGCUUACAUGUGUAUGUGUGUGUUUGUCUGCAGCCCCAUACAGUGUGUGGGCACAUGUCUGUGUGAGAGACUGGGACACCGGACAUUUUCACACAUGCAUACGUGGAGAAACAUGUCAACUGACAGCAUUUGAUUAUUGUGGAUGUUGGUGUUUGUGGUUUGCUUGAUUUUGAUUUCAGGAGUUUUCUCGUGAUGAAGCAAUGGUCAGGAAAGAAACAGUGGAAGCCUGAAAAGGAACUCCAUAUAUGGCAUCAUCUUUAGCAGGAUGGACCAAUUUGUGAUGAGCCAAUGGAGAAAGGCUCUCUAGGUCAUGUGACUCCAAUGGGUGUCACAGUUUUAAA